CACUUCCCAAAAUUCGGGAGUAAAAUGCAAAAUUUCCAAGAAAAGGAGAACUUCGCCACGAAGAAAGGGGGGGAGAGAGUUCCUUCACCGAAGGAUCCGGAUGGCGGUUGUCGCAGACGACGGGUGAACAGACAGAAGCUCUGUCCGAAAAAGUCGGAUUCUUUGCUCGUUAUGGAAGCAAACCGUUCAAGAUAUGACCUUUUCCACAUGCUAGUGUAGCAGCAGUGGGAAUCAAGAACCGCCCAGAAAAAGGCAUGAACAAGAAGGGAUUGGCCAUUUUGAUGAGAGCCAGGAUGAGGCCCAGCGAUCCCAGCAAGAUCCUUCUCUCCCCUCUCGCUAUGAUGAGGCUGUUCUGUUUUGAAUCGAUUACCCAAUAGGAGAAAGUGAACCGGGUCGCGCCUGAUAAUCAAGCAAAUCAAUCUGGUGGAAGUGGCAUGGAACCUGCUUCAGAGAAUGGAAAUGAACAAACGAACUUCUCAUGCCGAAAUAAAAGGCCGUUUGAGCUUGUGAAGGAGUCAAUGCACUCGGCAAUAUCGAUGAACAAAACGGAGGUUUUGGAUGAUGUGCUCAAUGAUUUCACAGAGGGUUAUUUUAGCCUCUCUGGAGAAAGCCGUAAGGCAUUGCUGCUUUCACUUGCCAAAGAGUACGAUCUUAAUAGAGCACAAGUGAGGGAAUUGAUAAAGCAGUAUCUUGGACUUGAGCUUCCAAAAGCUGAUCCAGCUGAAGAGGGUAAUGUUGUCGAGGAAAGCUCGCUUUCUGCUUUCUAUCGUAUAGAGAGAAAUUUGAGACAUGCUCUUAAGCCAGCAUAUGAAGUUCUUUUUGAGAGAUUGAACACGCAUCCUGGAGGGUUGAAGUUCUUGUCCAUCCUUCGAGCUGAUAUCUUGUCAAUUCUCGCAGAGGAAAAUAUACCAUCCCUGCGAGCACUGGAUUCCUAUUUGAAGGAGAAGCUUGGCACGUGGCUUAGUCCUGCUACUUUGGAGCUUCAUCAAAUCACAUGGGAUUAUCCUGCUUCUUUGCUAGAAAAGAUCGUGGCCUACGAGGCUGUGCAUCCUAUCAGCAAUCUUCUAGAUCUCAAGAGACGGUUAGGCGUGGGACGUCGUUGUUUUGGAUAUUUACAUCCAGCAAUACCUGGAGAACCUCUCAUAUUCAUUGAAGUUGCACUCUUGAAAACUGUGGCUCAGACAAUACAGGAGGUUUUAUGGGAUGAUCCUCCCAUACUUGAACAUGAAGCAACAUGCGCAUUGUUUUACUCUAUAUCAUCAACUCAGCCUGGUUUGGCAGGGAUCAACCUUGGAAAGUUUCUUAUUAAACGGGUCAUCACAUUGGUGAAACGAGAAAUGCCUCAAAUUUCUACAUUUGCUACUCUCAGCCCAAUCCCAGGCUACAUGCAGUGGCUACUCUCUAAGUUGGCAUCUCAGUUAAAGCUGGCUGAAACAGAUGAUGCCACAGAUACAUCAUCUGAUCAAUCUGGCUCAUCAUUCUGGGAAAAUAUACUUGAACCGGAAGAGGAAAGGGCACUCUUGAACUUGUCUGAGGAAUACAAAGCAAUGACAAAUGGCAUGGAAGUAAUGUUUAAUUUGCUGACCACGAAUGACUACACAUGGACCAACUCACCUGAAUUGCUUUCAGUAUUGAAGCCUCCUCUGAUGCGGCUCUGUGCCAGGUACCUUUUGCAAGAGAAAAAGAGAGGCAAAGCAUUAGACUCAGUGGCCAAUUUUCACUUGCAAAAUGGAGCGAUGGUUGAAAGAAUAAAUUGGAUGGCAGAUCGGUCGGAGAAAGGACAGCAUCAGAGUGCUGGCAUCAUGGUAAACUACGUGUAUAGGCUGGAGAACAUUGAGGAAUAUGCUCAGUCAUAUUUCAGUACAGGGCAAAUACAUUCCUCAGAUGACAUCCUUCAAUAUGUAAAGGGAGUAGAGGCAUAAAUAAUGCAGCUGGGAAGGUUGCAUAGUAGCCCAAGUAUUCUUCAAUGAGAACGCAGUUGUUUUUGCGCAUUCAAAGGAAAACAUGAGCGAGCUUAGUUAUGCAGGGGCAUUGCUCAUCACAGUCAACUCACGGCAAUGGUGGCAACAUUUAACUCCGGAAGCAAUACAGUAAUCAAGGUGUUCUAUAGUAUUUCUCAUUGCACUAAAAUCUUUAAUGGAGGUUUUGGAAAUGACCUCAUGUUCAUUAUCUCAUGAAUGUCCUGUCUGUUCUUGAGACACUAGCAAUUGGACAAGAGAAGUCCAUACAUCAUAUUAAUUGCAUACGAGAAGACAAUACCUUAUCCAGUUAAAUUGACUACAGUGGACAAAAUGACGUUCUUCGGGAGCACUGGAAAAUUUCGAGAAAAUGUUUCCUUCUAAAAAAGGAAUGUCGUUAUAAAGAGAUUGAAAAAGAUCUGGGAAUAUCCAACAUUGGGAAGAAUCUUCUUGCAAGUAGCCUUGUUACUUUUGAGAAAGCAAUGUCAAUUUGUCGACAGAUUGUACUCU